AUGAUUAAAAAGUCUCGUUAUCAGAUGCUUACUGCGGAGGAAAUCCGUCGUAGGAAGAAUGCCAAAAGAGGUAUUGAUUUCUGCAUGCUUGUCAUUGGGGAAUCAGGCUUGGGAAAAACAACAUUCUGCAACAAUAUUUGUAAUGAGCAGGUAUUUGAACAUCGUGAAGAUGACUUCAAACCGGAAACUGCACAUUUGAGCCCUGGCAUUGAUAUUGUCUCGAAGAAUUUCCACUUAGAAGAGGAAAAUCCUACCCCAAUUAGUCUUGACAUUGUUUUGAUUCCAGGUUUAGGGGACAAUAUAGACAACUCUACUAACCAUGAGGUUGUUGUCGAGUAUUUGGAGUCUCAAUUUGACCGUGUGUUAAAUGAAGAAAUUAGGAUUAAACGUAAUCCUAAGAAUAUCGAUAAUAGACCCCACGUCUGCUUGUAUUUCAUUAGAGCCACUUCAAAGGGUCUUCGUGAGCUUGACGUAAAGUUGAUGAAGGCUCUAGGUGACAAAGUCAAUAUCAUCCCAGUUAUCAGCAAGGCUGAUUUGUUAACUGACAGAGAGAUUGCUUUGAAUAAGCGUUUAAUAAUGGAAGAUAUAUAUGAGAAUCACAUCAACAUUUAUGAUUUCGGAGACGACAAAUUGGAAGACACUUUAAUGCUUGCUGAACCAGUAGAAGAUAGUCCAAUUCCUAACAACUCUGCAUCUCUUGAUGGUUUUUCUUUGGGCAGUGCACUUGAAGGUACUGGUGCUAACAUAAACACCGCUUUCUGCAGGAUUAAGGACAUGCUUCCUUUCUCCAUUAUUGGUAGUAAUCAAAGGGAAUAUGCUCCCAACGGAGAGCUAUACCAUGUCAGGAAGUAUCCAUGGGGAACCGUUAGAGUUGAGAGUAGAGCCCACUCCGAUUUUAUUUACUUGAAGAGCAUUCUAUUUGGUUCACAUUUACAAGAUCUUAAGGAUACAACACAUAACAAGUUAUAUGAAAAUUACAGAACUCAAAAGUUAUUGUCGACAAACAAUUUUGUUUCUGCAGGAAACGAUAGGGAUUUAUUGGCUGAAAGUACUGUCUUGUGA